GUUACGACGGCAACAGAUAAUACCGCACUAUGUCCACUUUCAUUUUCCAAUCAAAAUUUUGGUUGACCAAACAUCGGAAUCCAGUUAUCAUCUUUCUCAAAAGUUUUUAGACUCAUUAUUUACACAUACAGUUAGUUAAGCAACAUAGUGUACUGAUAACUACACAUAUGAAAUGACGAAAUAUGAUGAUGAAGAAUUUUUAAAAGGGAGUUUUUACAUGCUCUACCAAAAUGAUUUGAAGACAAGUGAAGAGGAAAAACACAAAAUGUUCCAUCUACUUAGACAGACACCAAUCGAUGUAUUAUCUAUGGAAUGGCUGAUAUCAGAACCACAUACUAUCGAAGCAAGAGCUUAUCUAAUUGAUAACAUUUUGCCUCAAGUUGUUUUGGGUUUGGAAUUUAUCUUAAAAGAAGCAACUCGAAGAAAUCUGAUCACACGCGACCUACUGGAUGAAACAAGUUAUCGAGCAGGAUUAGACAGAAACUUCAAUCCUGUUAACCGAUUAGCUGAAUACUUAAUGCGUAAUAACCAUAAGCACAAUCAUUUUAGCGAAUCUUUACCUUAUGUCAGAGGGUUAAGAUAUACACUGACUAUGUUGCAACAAGAAAUGUUUAUACAGUCAGGAAACCAGCUGGCUAAAGUGAAGCUAAGUGCUGAUGCCAGACGAACAGAGGCAAAACAAAAAGAAUUGAAAGUCAAGAAAGAGUAUGACGGACAAAUCGCUAUAAUUUCCUCGAUCUGUGACAGUUUGAUACCACCUAAAAAAAGUUCAACAAAUGCAUAUAUGAUAGAAGAUGUGGUACUUACAUUCAUGGAACUAACUAGUAUACUACCGGAGGAAAUGAAACAAUGCUUAGUGCAAACUUUUAAAACUCAACUAAAUAAAGACUACCAGACAUUUUAUGACAAAGAACAAUUUGUUAAGUGUCUCAUGAUAUAUGCUAGAUUGAUGUCAACUGAUGUUUUCGAACAGUUUACGGAACAUCUAAAACUUUGUACGGUAGAAUUUCGUAAAGCAGAGAAAAGAGAAGAACGACGGGAAUUAUUGAAAAGUUGCUUCCGUACGUGUGAUUUAGACCAGUUGGAUGAAUUAUCUCGUGCACAAGUUUUUCAACGGUGUGAAGAUUACUUUGAUACAUGUCAACAAAUUAUCAAAGACAGGAUCCAUGAUCCAAGAGAUUGGUCUACAAAAGAAUAUCAUUUGAAGUUAUCUGUAACAGAACCUGUUACAACUAUGGUCACAAAUGAACGUCCAUCUUCAUCUAAAGUUGAUGAUGAUAACAACAUAAAGGACAAACAACAUUCUCUACUAAUCUACAAUGGAAAUAACUCAGACAAUGCCAUCCAACAUGAUGAUAUUAGCUCAAUACAACUAGGUACUCGGCAGCUGGACGAAAUUACUAUCUUUCCCACUCAGUCUAAUAUUAAAGAUCAAUUGAUAAAGACUUGUCAACUGGCCGAUACAUCUGGCAUAACACAAAAUCAGUUUAUCAGUAUUAUGGAGUUCAUAAUACCAGAAACUGCUCCUUUGAAAAUUUUUAAUAAUUUUUUAACAUAUUUGAAAAGAUAUGAAGCUUCAGCUGAAGAACGUGAGGAAAGAAAACUUCAGCAUUUCCAGAAGACUUCAAUAAUGAAAAAACAUCAACUAUUGAACAAAAUAUUCCACACAUUAGAUCAAGAAUGUUCUGGAAUGUUAAACCUUAAGAAAAUUGAAUAUUUUAUAUUAAAUUAUGAAGAUGGAUUUUAUAAGGCUCAUUUGAAACAAGCUAAGUCAGAUUUAGCUUCUAACAUUCAAUCGACUGCAAGGUCUUAUUCAAUGUCUAAUGAUCAGGUAACUUCAAGUUCUACAUUUACCAGCAGUUUAAUAUCAUCAUCCGAGAAUUUUAGUGGUCCAUCAUAUAUUCAAAGCACAGUUAAUCAAUUACAAAAUCUACAUUAUUACCAUUAUCCAGAAAAGUCAGUUGAAAUAAAUAUCACUGACUUCAAAAUUCUAUUAGAUCACAUAUUUUGGCCUAAAAAUAAUCAAUAUCUGAUUGGUCAUGAUGAGUUUGACUUCAGUUGUUUGGAUAAGUUUCUUAACUACUUAAAAGAAAAAUUAAUACAAACUAUAUCUGAGAAAAUCAGAACACGAAUUCGACGAGAAUGGAUAGAGAAAAUUUUAUCAGUUUCAUUGAAUACAUUUGAUAAUUCAAUGGAAUUAGUUUAUAAAACCGUUUUCCAGACACUCAUAAAAGAUACAAUAAAACAUGGUGCACAAAAGCAGAUCAGUGUUAACAUUGCAUUACUUUAUCCAACAGAAACAACAAAUGAUGCAUUGCCUUUCGAUACAAAUAUACAAUCCCGUUUACAAUAUGUAGCAGCCAUACCAGAAUCGGAAGCUGAAAUUCUGCUUGAUCAGUGUCCACAGGGAGAUGAAUCCGAUUUAUUGUUCAAGUGUUUAAGAACUGGUUUAACAUUGGUUCAUUCUGAAAUGUCAAGAUUGAAAAGAUUUUCACUUACCGAAAAUAAGUCACAUAACAUGUCAGUAUGUACUGAAACGAACACGGAACAAAGUUAUCAGUCACCUUCAUUCGCUCUUGCCAUACCAAUACCCUCUGCUAAGAAAUACUUUAUCGGAGUAAUGAAAGUAAACAAAUUGAAAAAUAACGACCAGCUACCAAAGUUUGAAGAACAUGAAAUUCAGUUUUAUCGCGGUGUAGCUUAUCAUCUGGGCUUUGCUUUCUCGCUUGUAAAUAGUCGAUACUUACUCAGUUCCAUGAUACAUGAUGCAUUCGACUGGAUUUAUAAACGGCUAGGCAAUAUUGAUGAAAUUGCAUUUUACCACCGAUGUAAUGAUGAUGGUGGUGAUGUAAAUCAUUCAGUGACAAUAGAUUCGACAGAGGAGAAAACAUAUCCACCUAGCAAAGAAGUUAAUUAUAAAUUACGCAAACUUGUAUCAAAACAUGAUAUUCACCAAACAACAGUUCAUACUGACCUAUAUGUUAUCGAUAAAAAGAAAAACCACCUAUACUACUACCUGUUCGACGUACUAGAAUCUGGAUAUUCAUUAGUUAAUUGCAUACUUGGUCGAAAACAUUAUACAUUUCCAUUUACUGAUUGCAAUAAUAAAGUGAUCGGUGUUAUUGAUGUGUGUUGUUUAAACUUCCUUAAUAAACAUAAAUUAGAUUAUUUACAUAAAAGUUUAAUACAUUUUCAAGAAGGUUAUGAACAGUUAGUGAUUUAUACAGGAGUAGAUACAUAUGGUCAGUAUAAUAAUGCAGACGAAUACAAUAUUAUAUCAAAAAACCAAGAAGAAACUGAAAUUAAUUCACAAAUUGAAGAAGUUAAGUCUGACUGGAUAGAUGAAAAUAACAAAUUUAUACCCAAAAUUAUUGUGAAAAAAUUAGCAAAAAUGGAACUGAGUCUUCUAACUUUAAAGAUUGAUAAAGAUCUCUUCAGAAAUAUAAAAAGAUAUGAAAUACAACUUUGUAAUUCUGAAAUUUAUCUACUCUGGACCGUCAUCUUGUUAUUGAAUCGUUCUCAAGGAGAUGAAUCCUUGAAUCAGGAAAAUAUUUUCAAACUUUCAGAUUCAAUGAUGGCUGGUAUUCAUGAAUCGAUUGUGGAUUAUGAUCCAUUCGUUGGUGAACAACAGCUAAUUACUUCACAAAAAUCGCGGUUAAAUGAAAUCUAUGAAAAAAUUUCAAGUGAACAAUUAAAACAGUACUCAUGUAAAUCAAUGAUCAAAUUGUACGAAUGGCUGACAUUGUGCAUGAUUGUCUGGGAAGAAAAUCUUCCUAUGCAUUACGGAUAGAAAGGUCUUGGGACUAAAGUAACAACAAUGAAAAUAAAUCGUUCAAAAAGAAAAAGUUAAAGAUCUAACAACCAAUCAGUAAUUAACAAUAAAAUGAGUUACCAGUUCAGAUGUAAAAUAUACAACUUUUAUGAUAUAAAUGCGUUGACUUUUGACCUACUAAAGACAUUGUUGUGACUUCAAAGCUGGAUAGUUAUCACGUAAUUUAUUCGCCAAUCGAAAUACAACUUAUUCAACAUUAGUACUGUGCUAAACCAAUGACAUUCGGCCCGUAUGAGCAUCCUAGUGUCCUUAUUGGUCCUUUAUUCGCCUAGCCCGUCCAUUUGAGUCCAGAACACCAAUAACAACUUCCACUACAUCGAUCAUUCAUUUCAAACAUACUUGAUUUAUAUACCAGCGAAAAAGACCGCAUCAUACCAUCAAACAUGAAAUAACAUUCAUACAAGAUCAAGCCAAAAAGUAGCUGUGAACGUGGGAGACUUUAAUUAAUAAACUGAACAUAAAUUAAGAAUAGUAAAUCGUAUAGUAAUAAUAAUCUAUAGUUCAAAAUGGAGCUUAUAAUAAGAGAAAUAUAAAUAUUACAUAAUCUAGUUACUGAACAGUUAUACAAUAAGAAUAUAUAUAAUAUUAGUUCAUUAAUAGUUUUCGGAAUUUAUCUAUAAUUUAAUUGUCACUUAGAUAUAACAGAUAUUACAUGAAAUAUUCUAAUUGUAUGAGAAAGCACGGUUAAUUAUAUAAACAGAAUCUAGAUCGUUGAUUUUACGGAUACUUAUUGUAUGCAUCAUGGGAUAAUUCACAUUACGAACAUUACUAAAACUGUUUUGCUUAGAAUGAUCAAUAUAGAUGAAUUACCAUCGCGUCUCAAGAAACAUUUUGACAAAAGUAUCUAAACCUUCCCACAAAGGUAUGAGAUAUCAUAGUGACAAAAAACGAAUAUGAAAAGGGAAUAACCUACCUAUGAUGCCAAGACUUUAAAAGCUAAAGGCCCAAGUAACCAAGCUAAUUAAGGCCUACCUGCAUAUUCUUGUGUUUAAGGAAUAGAUUGGAAUAAAAUUCGAAGAGAGCAAGAACAAAGAUUCUAGCAGGACAUCAUGAAUUCACUUUAUUUCGUUUGGUUCUCGUCAGGUGCUUACAAAAUGUGAUAUUUAAAAACAUAAUUACAAAAAGGGUUAAAAUGACAUACAUGAACGUUUAAUUGUACGUUAUUUUGAAGACACAUUAGCAUAGUAAAUUUAAUAGACUGAAUAUCAUGAAUAUAUGCUUUAUGUAAAAGAACAUUCUACAACAUUGAUUGUAACAAGAGGUAAAACAGCCAGAAACAAAUGAUUACAUGAUGAGUAAGCGCUAAUAGGAAUAAAAAGAAUACAGUGGUCUUGAGUGCUGU